CUCAUGAUCAAUCCCGCCAAAGAACCAACCCUCUCCAUUCUUAUCAUUCACAUAAUCCAAAUCCAAUUACGGGUACCGACACAAUGAAACUCCUCCUUCCUCUCGCCGCCUACUCGACCGUCGCAUCAGCCACGACAUACUUCCUCACCGUGUUCGCGCCGGAUACCUCGAUAGAUGGAGCCCUACUCGAAGCCGCCGGUCAGGGAUUCUACGCGGGGACAUCGGGUCCAGCUACGUACUGUCCCCAGAACGUCGGCUUGUGUCCCAAGGUCCAAGGUACUCUCGUGUAUGCAGGUCUGACCGGUAUGGCUGUCCAAGUCCCCGGCGGCCAAUCAAUCUACGUCGCGCCCAAAGGCCAAGUGCAAUACAUGCAAGCGCACUCAGCAUCCGUACCCCAAGGCUCCUUCACAGGCGGUUGGUUCAACAAGACCGUACUAUCGGAUUGCGCGCCGCCGCGCGAUGUACUCGACUUCCUAUCCACGGACGGUUCUGGCAUCGGCGGUAUCGCUUUAUGUCCCGAUGUUGAAGCCUUCAUGGCUGGCACGGGCGCUAGUCACCGCCUCUACGCCCACACCCCCGGAUUCAAUCUGACGAACUGCAUUGACGCCAUCGGACUUACACUUCACGGGACCACUGCGGAGGUCGGGGCCUGGCAGUACAUCUAACGCUGACAUUUGCAG